AUGCCGCUCGCCCUUUCGUUUCAACACAACAACCCUCUCAGAUCGACCAUUCUCGAUCACAGCGGUAGCAACAAGCCAAACCCAGUAUACGAGGUGGCUACCGCCCACGCUGGACACAAGAGCAAGACUACUAUCACGUCCAUUUUUCCACCUCACGUUAUUGGUGAAAUCGAGUGGAAUAAGUCGCUCGAUUCCGGAACAAUCGCAGUGGGCGGGCGACAAAUGUCCAUCCACGAACUCCUGGUGCACGGUGGAUUGUUGAGUCCCACGGUACGAAAGUUCCAGCUCCCGGAAGGUACAUGGUAUAAGUGGCAGCGCGCGGGAGCUGAUGGUCUUGUGUUGGUUGACGGAGACAACAAUAUUGUCGGACGAUCCCUCCACACCCGUGACGCACGACCCGCCGGCAUGACUCUCGAGAUUCAAGAUUCGAAUACUCGAGACUUUGUGGAAUGGGUGUUGCUCACGUUUGUCAUCGUCGAACACCUACGACGCAAAACUCUUUCCUAUAAGUUCAAGCCGAAUUUGGGCGAGACGAGCUGGGAAGGUGCCAUCAAUUUCUUUGUGAUCGAUAGUUAUACGAGAGUAUUCCAGUAG